UGGUUCAGAAAGCUGUCAGAGCUCUUGGCAGCAUCUCCUCUCUCUCUCUCUCUCUCUCUCUCUCUUUCUGAACAUGGAGACUCCAGAGGAAGCUGCACUCUGCUUUCCCCACAUCAACACCUCCUGCAGGAGGAGGACGGGUCCUUACGUGGAGACCAUGCUCACUUACACUGUGCUGUCCUGCAUCACGAUACUCACCGUGAUCCUAAACCUGCUGGUCAUCAUCUCUAUCUCGCACUUCAAGCAGCUCCACACCACCACCAACCUCCUCCUCCUCUCUCUGGCUGUCGCUGACUUCCUCGUGGGUCUCCUGCAGAUGCCACUUCUUCUCCUCCAAAACCAAGGCUGCUGGUUCUUGGGCGACGUCAUGUGUGUUGUGCAUUAUUUCUUGGCUGCCCUCGUUUUCAGCGUUUCAGUGGGAAGCAUGGUGCUCAUAUCAGUCGACCGCUACAUAGCAAUUUGUAACCCCAUGUUUUACACCACCAGAGUCACUCUGACCAGAGUUAAACUCUGUAUUUGUUUGUGUUGGAUAUUUUCUGGUGUGCGUGGCAGUGUGAUAUUCAGGGAUGUCUUAAAACAGCCUGACAUGUAUAUCACCUGCUAUGGAAGUUGUGUUGUUGUGGUCGGUUUCGCUGAAGGACUUGUUGAUAUCAUUGCCACGUUUUUAGGCCCCAUUUUAAUCAUAGCAGUUUUGUAUUUGAGAGUGUUUGUGGUGGCUGUGUCUCAGGCUCGAGCCAUGCGCUCUCACGUGGCAGUCGUCACAGUGGAUCGUUCCCAGACUGUAAAAGCUAAGAAAUCUGAGAUUAAAGCAGCCAGGACUCUCGGUAUUGUAAUUAUUGUGUUUCUUCUCUGCUCGUGUCCAUAUUAUAGUUUUGCUGUUGCAGCUGAAAGUAACUUGAUCGGGGGACCAACUUCAGGCAUUGAGAUUUGGUUAAUGUACAUAAACUCUAGUCUUAACCCUAUAAUUUAUGUCUUUUUCUACCUGUGGUUCAGAAAAACCAUUAAAUAUAUUGUUUCACUUCGGAUACUGCAGCCUGGCUCCCAUGAUGCCAGUGUACUAUAGAGAGAGAGAUGGUGCAGAAUGUGAUAGACUGACACUGAAUUUGUUCAAAUGUCCGAAAUAUUUCUAUAAAAAUGUGUUUCAAUCUUU